AUGUCGUCGACUUCAAAACCAGGCGUCAUGCGGUUCUUAAGCUCUUAUCAUGCCAAACGGCGAAAGACAAUCAUGGCCUCUCCUUCCAAACUCUUCCAACCUACGCGAAUUGGGGACAUCGAGCUCUCCAAUCGAGUCGUUUUUGCUCCGGCGACAAGACUGCGGGCGGAUUCCGACCAUGUUGUUCUCCCUCACGUUGCGGAAUACUACGAGCAGCGGGCGAGCGUGGCGGGGACUCUCCUCAUUUCAGAGGCGACGUUUAUUGCUGCGCGAGCGGGUGGACAUAGGAAUGCACCAGGGAUAUGGUCGGAAGAGCAGAUUGCGGCUUGGAAAAAGGUUACCGCCAGAAUCCACGCAAAAGGCUCUUUCAUCUACCUCCAACUCUGGGCUGUCGGUCGUGAUGCCGAUCCUGCCGUUCUAGCUGAAGAAGGCGGCUUUCCUUACGUUUCUGCCUCGAAUAUCCGCCAUAAGGACCGAAAUCAAGUGCCGCGGCCACUCAGGGUCGAAGAACUCCAAGAAUACCUCCGGCUGUAUGCUGUGGCUGCUUCAAAUGCAGUAGAAAAAGCUGGCUUUGACGGUGUCGAAAUCCACGCCGCCAACGGAUACCUCCUCGACCAAUUCCUUCAUGAAAGCACUAACGACCGCGUUGACGAAUAUGGUGGAGAAUUGGUGCAGAACAGAGCAAGGUUUCCGUUGGAGGUUGUGGAUGCAGUCGUGAACGCAGUAGGACAGCGCAAAACUGGCUUUCGCAUCAGUCCUUGGGGCACAUAUAACGACAUGACCAACGACAAUCCAAAACCGACAUACACCUACCUCGUCGCUGAACUCGGCCGUCGCUUUCCUGAGCUUGCCUAUCUCCACAUUGUCGAACCGCGCGUGGACGGCAGCAGAACGCUCGACUUCGUCAAGGAGGGCCAUUCCAACGACUUUCUCCGUGCCAUCUGGGGAGACCGGCCGCUCAUCAGUGCCGGAGGCUACACCCGCGAAAGCGCAAUGGAGGCUGCCGAGAAGGGGGACUUGGUUGCAUUCGCGAGGCUCUUCAUCGCCAAUCCCGAUUUGCCUUGGCGGUUGAUGCACGACUUUCCUUUGACUUUGGGGAAUCGAGCGUUUUAUUACGCUCCUGGGAGCAGCGAUCCGACAGGGUACACAGAUUACUCGUCCUACACCUCAAAAGCAUAG